CCGGCUGUUUGAGAUGCUUUCUUUCUGACACAUAUUAUUGCGUCUCUAGAAGUAAAAUAAAUAGCUAUAGGAAGUGGGUGCUUUUCGCUAUGCUAGCCGUCAAUAAUGGCGGGGAGCUGGUGGCUGGGUUUCAUGCUUCUUUUGGUACCGGGCCCCUGUAGGGCUUGGGAGCUCUUUUCACUGCCGUUCACCUUAUACAACCUCUACGAGUGCGGCUUCACAGUUGAUCUUGACGCACUGGACUGUGAUCUUGCACGUAAUGUUUUUGGCCAGCAUUUAGCUCGGGAGCUUCUCUUUAAGUCUGUGAAAGAAUUUAUAGAAAAUGAUAACCCCAGCAAGCCCCUGGUGUUGUCUCUCCAUGGCUGGAGUGGGACAGGGAAAACGUUUGUGAGCUCUCUUCUAGUGAAACAUCUUUUCAAGGAAGGAAGCCAGAGCCGCUUUGUACAUUUCUUCUCUCCAGUUUUACAUUUCCCUCGGGUCCAGAAUUUAGAACAGUACAAGGUGGAUCUAAAAGGGUGGAUUCAGGGGAACCUCACUACAUGUAGCCGUUCUCUUUUUGUAUUUGAGGAGAUGGAUAAAAUGCACCCUGGCUUGAUCGAUGCCAUUGUCCCUUUUCUUGGCUCAUCUUGGGUAGUUUAUGGCUCAAACUACAGAAAAGCAAUCUUCCUCUUCAUAAGCAAUGCUGGGGGAGAUGAUAUUAAUGAAGUUGCAUUAGAUUUCUGGAAGCAACGAAAGGACAGGGAGGAUAUUCGGCUGCAUCAUUUGGAAUCCACUAUCUCCAAAGCUGUGUUUUCUAAUCCUAAACAUGGCUUCUGGCAGUCCCAGAUCAUCAAUCAGCAUCUCAUAGAUGUAAUACUGCCAUUUUUGCCAUUGCGGCCCAGCCAUGUGCGACAAUGUGUACAGGCUGAGAUGGUACAGCAAGGACUGGAACCUGAAGAGGAGCUUUUAAACAACAUAACGGACAGCAUUGUUUAUUUCCCAGAAGAUGAAAAGGUUUUCUCAUCCACAGGCUGCAAAACUGUUGUAUCCCGGAUUAAUUAUUUUGUGUGAUCUACCUCAUAAAUGCCUAGAAAUAGGCAUAGAAUCAUACCUUGAGGAGUAAGGAAUGCACCAAAAAUCUCUCAUGGUAUAGCCUGGAACUUUAUUUCUGCCUCCAAGAAUGAUAUUGUCACAGAAAAGAAACUUUCUCUUUAAUAUGUAUUUAAAAUAUACAGCACUUAAAAAUUACAUUACUGCACUACUGUCUUUGGUUUAAAGACCAAACAAGAUGUCAGAUAUGAUUCCAGUAGUCUAUUUACUAAAUUGAAGGAAACUAAAAACAUCUGUAUUAAGCAGUAAAGUGGGUUUGACAGUUAAAGUUGAACUUGCUGAGCUUCAGUUCCAUUAUUCCAUCAGUAUUUAAAGGUAUCGGUAGAUUAAAAUUGGUAAUUACAGCGUAUAAAAUUAACAUUUUAUAUACUGUACAAAUGUAUAGUUUGCCUCAAACUUUAAGUGCCCCAACCAAGACAAAUCUUUUAAAAAUUAAAUUUAUUUUAAAAUAAUGUUUCAUUUAGAUACAUCUAAAGCUGGACCUGCAUAGAUCAAUUCAGUAAAUAUUGACAAUGAUGGGUUCCAGUUUUUUAAUAGUGCAAUGCAACUGUCAGAAGUGGGUGUAAGGUAAUUUAAGAACUGUUUUCUAUAUUUUGCACAAUAAACUUGUUUUAAAUGUGAAAA